UUGUCACUUACCAUCCAAUUCAACAUGGCAACUCGAUGGGGACUCUGUGGAGCGGGAAAGAUCAGCCAUGACUUCAGCGUGGCCAUGAAGACGCUGCCUCCUGGAGAUCACCAGAUAGCAGUCAUCGCAUCGAGGAGCAUGGAGCGUGCUAAAGACUUUGCCAAGAAACAUGGCAUUCCUAAAGCUUAUGGCAGCUACGAGGAGCUGGCCAAUGACCCGAAUGUUGACAUUGUGUACCUGGGAGUGCUGCACACAGAGCACUGGCGAGUUGGUCUGCUGUUCCUCAAGGCUGGGAAAAAUGUGCUGUGCGAGAAACCCUUUGCUAUGAACUCCAGACAGGUGAAAGACCUUGUCGCUGCAGCCAAGAAAAACAAUGUCUUCCUGAUGGAGGCCAUCUGGUCCCGCUGUUUCCCCGUGCACGCUGAGGUACGCAGGCUGCUGGCGGAGGAGGCGGUCGGGGAGGUGAAGCUGGUGAAGGCUUACUUCGGCUCCUCUCAGCUCCACAUCCCCCGCUCGGUGGAGAAGGAGCUGGGUGGAGGAGCUCUGCUGGACAUUGGAGUCUACUGCCUGCAGUUUGUGCUGAUGGUGUUCAACGGCGAGAGGCCAGAGACUAUCCAGGCCACAGGGGUGCUGCUUGACUCAGGAGUGGAUGAGUCAGUGGUUGUGGUGAUGAAAUUCUCCAGGAAGAGGAUGGCCUUCUGUACCUUUUCAAUCGCUGCUCGACUUCCAAACGAUGCUGUCAUCAGCGGCACUAAGGGCUCCAUUAAAGUCCUUGGCCCCAUGCACUGCCCCACCACGCUGGUGGUGAACGACAAGGAAACGGAGUACCCCUUGCCUGAGCCGUGUCUCCCUCUGAAUUUCACCAACAGCACCGGGCUUCGCUAUGAGGCGGAGGAAGUGAGGCAGUGCCUGCUUAAAGGACUUAAGGAGAGCCCACGGAUGCCUCUGGCAGACUCUGUCCUACUGACGGAGAUCAUGGAUGAAAUCAGGAAGCAGGUGGGAGUUGUCUUCAGCCAGGACAGCCAGUGACAUCACUCCAAAGCAGAGCUCUUUCACCCGACGUUGUCAGAUAGAGCAGAGGGAGCUGCUUGAGGCAGGCUUUGGAUCUUUGGAAUAAGCAGAUCACUCAUGGCACCGUGUGACAAAGCCUGAGCAGACACAGUAUCACCGCGGCAACUGUGACUUGCGUAACAUUUGUCACUGAAUUAAAGAAUCAGUAAAUUAUUGGAACAUGUAAACUGCACGUGUGUUGCUUUUUAUUUUUGCCUCUAGGUAGCACCGUAAAACAUAACUAGUGUAACCAGAUUAACUGUGCAAACACAACUGCCUAUUCUUGUAUUACACAGUUUACACAGUCAUGUUGAUAACAAAUCUUAAACCAGAUAAAUCACAAUGUAAACAAACAGGUGACUGCACUGCGUGUCACCAAGCUGUAAUGAAGUCCUAGACCUUUAAAGACAAACCCAGCUGUCACUAUGAGGUGUGUGAUUGAUGAAUUCAAUAAAGGACUGAUUGUGAAA